AAAGAAAUCCCAAACACCCCACCCUCCCAAAAUCCCCAAAUCAUAUCCCAAUUGUCAUCAACUCCUCAGAGUCUCAAAAAGACUCACAGAGAACGAGAGGGGGUCAAUUCUUUCGUACCCACCAAAACACCCUCCAACUUUUCCCACUUUUUCCAAAAACCCAAAAAGAAAAAAAAAAUAAAACCAAACCCAACGGCCAGUUUUCGUUGAGCAGCCCCAUUAGCGCACAGCCCAUUCCUCUAUUCUCUUCUCUUCUUCAAUUCUGAGGGUUUUUUUGGAAACGCCCUGUCGUUUGGGUUAAUGGCGGUGUCGACCAGUUUCGCCGGAGCAAAAUUAGAGGCUCUGUUGUUGAAAUCUUCUUCGUCGGCAGCGACAACGUCGUCGAGGGCCUCCAAUGGUUCUUGCUCGUUGUCCGGGUCUUUGAGACCCGUCAGGAGCAGAAGGGCUGUGAUUCAGAGGGGAGUGAGGUGCGAAGUGGCUGCUUCUGAUGCUGCUGUCCAGACCGGUCAGAGUGUUUCCAAUAUUUCGGCUCUUGAGCAGCUCAAGACCUCUGCUGCUGAUAGAUAUACAAAGGAAAGAAGCAGCAUUGUGGUCAUUGGGCUUAGUAUUCACACAACACCUGUUGAAAUGCGUGAAAAACUAGCCAUCCCAGAAGCAGAAUGGCCUCGAGCCAUAGGGGAGCUGUGUGGCUUAAAUCAUAUAGAAGAAGCUGCUGUUCUCAGCACCUGCAACCGAAUGGAGAUAUAUGUUGUUGCUCUAUCUCAGCAUCGUGGUGUCAAAGAAGUGACUGAGUGGAUGUCAAAGACAAGUGGGGUCCCUGUUUCUGAGCUAUGCCAGCACCGAUUUUUGCUCUAUAAUAAAGAUGCCACACAGCAUCUCUUUGAAGUAUCAGCAGGUCUUGACUCUCUUGUCCUGGGAGAAGGUCAAAUUCUUGCUCAGGUGAAACAAGUUGUUAAAGUUGGGCAAGGAAUUGUUGGCUUCGGCAGGAACAUUAGUGGGCUGUUCAAGCAUGCAAUCACCGUAGGAAAGCGGGUUAGAACUGAGACUAACAUUGCUGCUGGGGCAGUUUCUGUAAGCUCUGCUGCUGUUGAACUUGCCUUGAUGAAGCUUCCUGCAUCCUCACAUGCUAGUGCGAGAAUGUUGGUGAUUGGUGCUGGGAAGAUGGGGAAGCUUGUGAUCAAACACUUGGUGGCAAAAGGUUGCACAAAGAUGGUGGUUGUGAAUAGAACAGAGGAGAGAGUGACUGCAGUCCGUGAGGAGUUGAAUGGUGUUGAGAUAAUCUACAAGCCUCUCACAGAAAUGCUUACCUGUGCAGCUGAGGCAGAUGUGAUUUUUACAAGCACGGCAUCAGAAACCCCAUUAUUUUUCAAAGAGGAUGUAAAGGACCUUCCUGUUGUGGGUCCAGAGACUGGCGGUUCGAGGUUUUUUGUUGAUAUUUCUGUCCCUAGGAAUGUGGGCUCAUGUGUCGCUGAUGUUGAUGGUGUGCGAGUUUACAAUGUUGAUGACCUUAAGGAGGUUGUGGCUGCUAACAAAGAGGAUCGCCACCGGAAAGCAGUGGAAGCUCAGGAAAUUAUUACUGAAGAAUCAAAACAAUUUGAAGCAUGGAGGGAUUCAUUGGAGACAGUCCCUACCAUCAAGAAAUUAAGAGCUUAUGCUGAAAGAAUCAGAGCUGCAGAGCUUGAGAAAUGUUUAUCAAAAAUGGGUGAUGACAUCUCAAAGAAAACUAGAAGAGCUGUCGAUGAUCUUAGCCGAGGUAUUGUGAACAAGCUCCUUCAUGGUCCAAUGCAGCACUUAAGAUGCGAUGGGAGUGAUAGCCGAACUCUGAGUGAAACCCUUGAGAAUAUGCAUGCUCUUAAUAGAAUGUUCAGUCUUGAGACAGAAAUUUCGGUCUUGGAACAGAAGAUUCGAGCUAAGGUGGAACAAACCCAGAAGUAAGCUCGAUGUCAAAUUUCUUCCAUGAUACAUCUACUUCCUCAAAUUUGAAUAAGGGGAAAACAUCCUCACAGUCAUUUUAGUGUUCGCUCUGGUGUAAUCUUCAACUCCAUAUAUAAACAGUGUUGGUCCCGGCUUGGGGAUCUUCCAAUUCAUUCUUUGGUGUAAACCACUUUAACCUGAUUCUUAUCUGGGAGUUCUGAAAUAUGUCUACCACAUGUUCCUAAGUGGCUGUUCGGCUUUGUAUCGAAAUAAUGAGGUGAAAUUAUUCAUGUUGGUACGAUUGUCGUAUUGUUUAUGGUGUGUCGUCUGUGUCUGUAAUACUGUUAAUUCUUGUAAUUAAAGGAUAUUUGCAUAUUUGAGAUGAAUAAAUUGUAAUUGAUCAUUUUUGUUGA